AUGUCCAAAGUCGUGCGCAGUGUGAAAAAUGUCACCAAGGGUUAUUCCUCCGUGCAGGUUAAGGUCCGAAAUGCUACGAGUAAUGAUCCUUGGGGACCGACUGGUACCGAGAUGGCCGAAAUCGCCGCCUUGACCUUUAGCAGCCCCACCGAUUUCUACGAGAUUAUGGACAUGUUGGAUAAGCGUUUGAACGAUAAAGGCAAAAACUGGCGCCACGUUCUCAAGUCAUUGAAAGUCUUGGAUUACUGCCUGCACGAAGGUUCCGAAUUAGUGGUGACAUGGGCCCGCAAAAAUGUUUACAUCAUCAAAACUUUGCGCGAGUUCCAGUACGUAGACGAAGAUGGACGCGAUGUUGGGCAGAACGUCCGCGUGGCCGCCAAGGAACUCACCUCCCUCGUUCUGGAUGAGGACCGUUUGCGCAGCGAGCGCUCCGACCGAAAGCUCUGGAAGUCCCGAGUGAGCGGGCUGGAUGACCACCAAGGAGGCUACACGCCCGAGCCUCGCCAGCGUCGCGAGCGUCGCCGCACGACAAACGAGGAUGACGAUGCCGAGUACCGCCUGGCAAUCGAGGCGAGCAAGUAUGAAGCCGAGGAAGAACGCAAGCGCCGGGCCAGGGAAGCGGCGUCGGCUGAAGACGACGAGGAUCUGGCCAAGGCAAUCAAGCUGAGCAAGGAAGAAGAAGAGCUGCGCAAGCGGGAGUUGGAGGAGAGCAAUGCUCAUUCGUUGUUCGAUGAUACCCCUACGCAAGUCGCCCAGCCCCAACCCACCGGAUACAACCAGGGAUAUCAGCAACAGAGCGCGGUCGACUGGUUCGGCAAUCCUAUCAACCCUCAACAACCUCUGACGACUGGUUAUCUAAACAACCAAUAUGCCCAGCCAACUGGCUUCCAGAGUCAGAUGACCGGUAUGCCUAAUGGAUAUAACAACGGAUUUCAGACGCAGCCGAAUCCAUACGAUCAAAACCAGUACGGCCAGGCGCAAAGCAACUAUCUGCAGCCGCAGGCCACCCUACAGCCACAGCACACAGCGUUCAAUGUCAACAACCCCUGGGGAGGGGACGCGUUCUCCCAGCAGCAACAGCAACAGCAACAGCAGCCGCAGCAAUUCCAGCAAUCCCAGGACAACUUUUUGUCGGCGGGUACAAAUAACCCUUGGGCUAGCCCACAGCCAGCGGACGCUUUGAAGCCCAUGCCGACUGGAUCGAACAAUCCCUUUGCACCACGUACUCAGCAGUUCCAGAGCCGGCCUGCUAUGACUGGACCUCCCUCGUUGAAUACCCUGGCAGAAGAGAAGGCCACCAACCAAUUUUCCUCGCCCAAUCCGAUCGCGAACUACCAGGCACAGCCCCAGUCGCUUGCUGCGCCUCCGCAGUCGUUCACACCGCAAAAGACCGCCCCGACUCAGAUGCUGGAUCCGCACCGCGCGCAGUUGAAUGCACUCUUGGCUUCUGGAGAGGGCCAGGACACGUUCGGCAAUGUGGGAGAUUUGCGGAUUCCCGCCCAGCACACGGCCCCGGGUACAUUUGUCAACUCGGCAGGACAGGGAUUGGACAAGCUCCGGGCCACGCGGACGGGCAACAAUCCUUUCUUCAACCAGCCGCAGCAGCAGUUUGUUCCACAGCAGACGGGAUUUGCGCAGCCGGCUAGCAACCCUUGGGGCGGACAACAGACAUAUCAUCAACAACCUCAGCAGGGUGGCAGUUUGAUAGAUCUGUAG